GGGUUGUGCCCAUUCCUAUUUCUCACUGAAACCCAUUGUUUUGGUGGUCGUCGUCGCCUAAAUUUUUAGGUCAUUUAGCACACCUUGUUGUUAGUUUCGGGCGCUUAAAUCGGAUAGCGAGCUGAAAAUCUGAUCGUGUAGUCAAUGGUAAAGUGCAAGCAAGUGCGUCGCCGCUGCUUUGCAAGGGUCUAGUGCCUGGAGUUGGUCAUGCUGCUCCAAUGGACCUGUGCCAAACAUGACCGUCAGUUUCUACUUUUGAACUGAAAAAUUAUAUAACGCAAUGGAGCUCAAAGUCUGGGUCGAAGGGAUCCAAAGAAUCAUCUGUGGUGUUACUGAAAAUACGUCGUGCCAGGACAUCGUUUACGCUCUGGCUCAUGCUACUGGCCAGACAGGUCGAUUCACCCUGAUUGAAAGGUGGAGAAACAAUGAAAGACUCUUGGCACCUAAUGAGCAUCCUCUAAAGAUUUUGAACAAGUGGGGCGAGUACUCGAACGACGUCCAGUUUGUUCUCCAACGAACCACAGCACCUAGUUCCUCCGACCAGAGUCCAUCAAAGUUUGGCGGUUCGCCGACAACAAUGGUCCACUCACCAAAGGAUGGCGCGGAGCCGUCACGAAAUAUCAAGAAGUCUCUAACUAUAAGCUCUGGCACUGGCUACCAGAAUCACAGGAUAGGGGUGGUGCAGGGAGUGCCUCAGCGGCAGCAACCACCACCUCAGCAGCAGCCGCAGCCUAGUCCCGACUCGUCAUCUUCUGAUCUUAAAUCUGCAAGCCAGACCCAAUCACCACCUCCGUACAGGGAACCACCGAAACCAACUCUUCCCCCAUACAGAGCGCCUCCCCAUCCUGCCACCUCCCCCAGGAGUACCCCCGAUCCAUUCGUGGAUGAUAGUUUUGACCGAAGCAGGUCAAUGUCUGGUCUCUACAAAGCAUCCGGUGCUAAGAGCCCGUCUCCGAGUCCAGUAUCGUCUGCAAUGCCAUCAGUGCAGAAUUCGAUCAGUGAUCUAAAUCAAAGUUCGUCAAGCAAGAUGUCUCGGAAGAGUGCCCAAAAGGUUUCUCAACAGGAGGAGAUCGACAGUGGAUUUGGAAGUGGUGAACCAAGUGCAAGCGUCCUUUUGACUCCGCAGUAUAAGGAACUUAUGAGACUGGUUAAUCAGCAGCGAGAAAAACUUGGUUCCCUCCAGGCAGACUUAACAAAAUACGAUGCUGAGAUUAAUUUUUGGGAAAGCAAGAGUCGAGAGCAGCAGCAUAAAGUAGAGUAUUGUAUGCAGGAGAGUUUGAGACUUCAAGAAACCAGCAAGAUGCUUGAAGAUCAGCUAAUGGCUUUGAAAAAUAUUGAGGAGGAGAAAGAUAUUUCCAAGCAGCAAGGAAAAACUUUGAAAUCAGAAAUAACCCUGUUGAGGUCCAAGCUGGCGAAUUGUGAAACGGAACUUCUUCAGUGUCGUGUUAAAAUCAGGCACUUGUUUGACGAGUUGAAAUUGGAACAACGAACUGCUGCCAUGGAGGAUACGGAUGAAAAAAUCAACAGCAAUCUCGAGUUGAUGUCACAACUGGAAAAGCUGCAGAAGCAGGUCGAAGAAGCAAAGUCUGUCACUGCCAAGGAUUUAGAGUCGGGAAGAAAAUUGGAUGAAGAGGUUGAAUCUCUAGAGAAUGUCAUAGGAGAAAAGAAGAAACAACUGGAAUUGUUAGUUCAAGACAUGAAAGAUGCAAAUUUGCACAGCCUUUCUAUAGCUCCGUCAUCCGACGAAGGCCUGCGGUCUUGUUUAUUAGAAGGCAUUCAUCGAAGUUCAAGAAAAAUGAUUGGCUCUCCUAGACAGCUGGAAAACGCUGUACCGACAAGCAAAAACCCUCACGGAGUUUGGGUCUGAGUUUUUAUGAAUUUUAUCAUGACGAGUUCAAUCAUGUCGGCCAUUGAAUGUGGGGCUCUUAAAAUGUGUAAAUAAUUUUACUAAGCUGAAGAUCCCGCAAACACCAACAAUCCAAUACUCUAAAAUUGAUUGAAUGCCAAUAAUGCAGUGUGAUCUACCUUCUCUCGAACACUCGUCAAACCUUUUUUGGAAAUAAUUAAUAUUUCUACAUUUCAAGCGCAUUUUGUUGAAACUUUAGGCACAAAUUUAAUUUAAAGUUUUUCAAGGUGAUCACAUUUUGUAUGAUGCAAAAACUGCCAAAGAUUGUUUGUUUCAUGUCUAAUGAUUUGCUCUUCUAAUUUCUUUGGCACCUGCCUACUUAGAAGCUCUUGCUUUUAUUGGUCUUAUAAUUAUUGUCUGAAUAUGAAAUUGUACUCUUUGAAUUAUGACAAUAUCACCUGAGAUGUGAUCAAAUCAAAAUAGCUUAAACAUUAAUAUUUUGUUUUAUAUAAUAAUUAUAAGCAAUUUAUGAAUCUUCGUAAAAUACUAUAGUGCUGCUUUAAUUCUGCAGAUUAUGUACUAUAUGCAUAUUAUUUAUUAUAUAUCAUCGUACAUUUUGAAGCUCUCCUGAUUUUUUUAUUAGCAGCUUUUAUUGCCACAAUCAAUAGUGUCGAGAGUUACUGUAGUCAAGUGGGCCUACAUACUUUUGUUGUACACAAAUGUUUGAACAUAAUAUCAGUUUUCUUAAUUCUGAAUAUUAUGAUAAAUUCAAAAGUCGGUGACACUUAUUAUGUCAAAA